AUGCCUUCGAAAGUAAAUGAGAGUCUGCGGUUCAAUACGAUUGAAGAAUCGAUAGAAGCCUUCGGAAAUGGAGAGUUUAUCAUAGUCCUGGAUUCCCAAAACAGGGAGAAUGAGGGGGACCUGAUCAUAGCUGCGGACUCGAUGACUGCGGCUAAAAUGGCGUUCAUGAUACGGUGGACCAGUGGCUACAUCUGCUGCCCCAUCCCGGCCUCCCUCUGCACGCAUCUUAAUCUGCCCCAAAUGGUCCUUGAAAAUGCCGAUCCAAACGGCACAGCCUACACAAUAUCCAUUGAUGCCACCGAUCCGUCUGUCACCACGGGGAUCUCCGCGCAUGACCGGGCCCUUACCUGCCGCACCCUCGCCCGACCAGAUGUCCAAGCUACCCACUUCCGUCGACCAGGACACAUUCUACCGUUGCAAGCUAAAUCCGGCGGUGUUCUUGAAAGACCUGGCCAUACAGAGGCGGCGGUAGAGUUCUGUAGACUGGUAGGAAAGCCAGAGGCAGCUGUUAUUUGUGAACUAGUUGAGGAUGGAGAGGAGGUAGAAGGGGUGGCGGCGAUGGAGGGCAAUGGCAUGAUGAGGGCCGAAAGAUGUUUGGAGUUUGGGAAGAGGUGGGGUGUGAAGGUGUGCACGAUUGAGGAUUUGAGGAAGUAUUUGAUAAGGGUACAGGGAUUGGAAGGGAAGGUGGUAGUGAAUGGGAAGCAUUAG